UCAUCCUCAUCAUUUGGUUAGUUGGCUGACUCCACACGCCUCGCCGUCUCAGUGUCGACAGUGUCCCCUCCCCUCAAUCAUUUCGGUCUCCAUUCCGAGAAAAACAAUCCACUAGCUCACUAGCUUCGCCGGCGUACGGACGCGCGCCGCGGGGACUGGAGGAGCGCGCAAAAAUGGCGGCGGCGGCGGCGGUGGCUGACGAAGUCACCGUGCUCCACGGCGGGGUCGUCGUCAGCAUGGACGGCGGCUUCCGCGUCUUCCAGGACGGCGCCGUCGCCGUCGCCGGGGACCGCAUCGCCGCCGUGGGACCGUCCGCCGACGUCCUCUCGUCCUUCCCCGGGGCCGCGGCGACAGUCGACCUCGCCGGCCGCAUCCUCCUCCCCGGGUUCGUCAACACGCACGUGCACACGUCGCAGCAGCUGGCGCGGGGGAUCGCCGACGACGUCGACCUGAUGGCGUGGCUGCACGGGAGGAUCUGGCCAUACGAGUCCCACAUGACGGAGGAGGACUCCUACGCCUCCACCCUCCUCUGCGGCAUCGAGCUCAUUCGAUCCGGGGUAACAUGCUUUGCGGAAGCAGGUGGGCAGUAUGUUUCAGAAAUGGCACGUGCAGUAGAGUUGCUGGGAUUGCGUGCAUGCUUGACAAAAUCAAUAAUGGAUUGUGGUGAUGGGUUACCUCCAAACUGGAGCUCUUGUUCAACUGAUGAUUGCAUUCAGUCGCAGAAAGAUCUAUACGAAAAGCAUCACAACACAGCUGAUGGGCGUAUCAGGAUAUGGUUUGGGUUGAGACAGAUCAUGAAUGCAACGGAUCGUUUACUGCUUGAAACAAGAGAUGCUGCACAGAAACUGAAUACUGGAAUCCACAUGCAUAUUGCAGAAAUACCCUAUGAAAAUGAGCUGGUAAUGCAGACUAAGGGAAUUGAUCAUGGGACAGUGACAUAUUUAGAGAAAAUUGAUUUUCUGAGGAGCAAUUUGCUGGCUGCUCAUUCUGUUUGGUUGAAUAAGCCUGAGAUUGGGCACUUUUUAAAGGCUGAUGUUAAGGUUUCUCACUGCCCCGCAUCUGCUAUGAGGAUGUUGGGGUUUGCUCCAAUUAGAGAAAUGCUGGAUUCUGGUGUUUGUGUCUCUCUUGGUACAGAUGGAGCGCCAAGCAAUAACAGGAUGAGCAUUGUUGAUGAGAUGUACCUAGCCUGUCUUAUUAACAAAGGGCGUGAGGCGUACAUCACUGGUACAACGAACCCAACUGCUCUUCCUGCAGAGACUGUAUUGAAGAUGGCUACUAUUAAUGGUGCAAAAGCAGUUCUGUGGGACGAUGAAAUAGGUUCGCUGGAGGUUGGGAAGAAGGCGGACAUGGUUGUUGUGAAUCCACUUAUAUGGUCCAUGGUCCCAGUGCAUGACUGCAUUGCCAACAUAGUUUACUGCAUGAGAACAGAAAAUAUUGAAUCUGUAAUGUGCAACGGUCGAUGGAUUAUGAGGGAAAAGAAGAUCGUGAAUUUGAAUGAGGAGGAGGUAAUUGCUUCAGCUGAAAAAAUAGCAAGGGACCUUCUAGCGCGAGCUGGCAUCAACCUACCCAAUCGGAUGAACUACUUGUGAAUUUGUGAUGAUCGUCUUGCAUUUUGUUCAUGUGCCACUGCUUGAAUCUGUCCAGUAUUCUGCACGGAUUGUAUGAUAAUCUCCUGGCCAGGGGUGGUGGUACCUCAACAUGUAAAGUAAAUAAGAAAUUUGCUGCAGCAGUGUUAUAAUUGCAAAUCCCCCCAGCGGUACAGCCAGACUGACAAAAGUAUAAUUGGUUUCCUCUCCAUCAA